CAGCGCGCUCAGUUCGAUUCGCGCCGCGGUUCGGAGUGGUCCGUAAGCCCGUGGGCGUUCGUCCCGGCUUGGCUCGGCUCUCGUCUUGGCCGACGUGCGUCCGUGAGUGGGUGGGUGUGUUGGGUGUGCUCCGCAAGGAGUGUGGCAGGUCAAGUGUUGGCAUCUGCGUGUUCGUGUGCGUGACUGUCAGCGCAGGCUUGAUAGUUCAUCGGCCUGGAAGUGAGUGCUGAGUGUGGUGAAGUCUUGUCCCAGGACAACCCUGCGACACAGUGUAUCGCCAGGAGAAGCAAGUGCCGAUUGGUGUAUCAAAGUGUAGUGAAAGGUGCCUGCCAGAAAGGGAUUGGAUAAAUUACUUCCUCCGUUCAAGUCGUCCCUUCUGCUGUCUGUGUCCUCGUCCCGCUGUUGGAGGACCUGCAUGGAUGCGUUUUGGCUGUGACACACAAGGAAUCCGAGCCAUGAAGCGGUCUUCGUGUCGCUAGGCGCGCUAGGCGGUCCUUCACCUGCGCGGGUGAUGGUCCGGUGGAGUCAGUAACUGCGGCGCCAGCGGCGCAUGGCUUCGCCCAUGGCCCAGCCCGGGAUGCCGGACCGAUGGGGCGGCCGGGAGCGGGACCCCUCGGGGCGAGACCCCGCGGCCCGAGAACCCGUGGGGCCCCAGAAGGGAGCCACAGAAGGGAGCGAUGAGGUGCAGCGGUCCCUGGAGCUGCUGGACAGCGUCCUCUCCGAGUUCGACGACCUGGAGAACGGCAACCUGGCGGCCGGCACCACGCCCGGGCCCCCCACAGGUACCACGGUGCUGCCGGCGUCGGCGGCCGCCCCUCUGCACCCCACGCGCUCCAUCCGCAGCAUGGCGGGCUCCGGGUCGGGCUCCGGGUCCGGGGAAGGCGAGGGCGACCUCCUCAUCUCCAGCAGCACCCCGGAGGACGACAGCAGCCCCUCGCUGUCGCUGUCGCUCGGCGGCCACCAGUCCGAGGACGACGGGUACAUGAGCAUGAACGGCAGACGCAACAAGCUGGCGCUCAACUUCCGGCCGCACAACGGCACGGCGGGCACGGCGGGCUUGGUGGCCAUCCGGAGGGGCAGCGCCGACAUGCUGACCGCCCCGGAGAAGCCGCUGCCGCCGCCGCCGGGCAUGGACGUCGCGGACUUCCCGCCGCCGCCCGAGGAGGCCCAGCGGCUGAUCGCCAACCUGCUGCCCCGGGUGUCGCCCAGCAACUCGGUGCAGCGGGGCUUCGUGGGGCUGAGCGGCAGCCGGGGCAGCAGCAGCAUCGUGCCGGCCCGGCAGCGCCACGUGGCCAGCCUGCCGCAGACCCGGCGCCACAUCGUGCUGUCCCCCACCGAGCCCAGGGUCACCACGGCCACGCAGACCACCCUGCCGGGCACCAGGAACCAGCGGCCGUUCGGCUGGGAAGUCGACGCGCAGCCCCCGACGGGCAUCCUGCCGCCGCCCAACCGGUUCGCCAGCCUGCAGAACAACGGGCAGCAGGGCCCCAGGGUGCAGCAGCACUCGUGGCUGCCGCCGAGACCCCUGCCGGCCAGCCAGCUCAAGCGAACGUCGACCGGGGAGGAGGAGCACUUCUCCGACGACUCGCUGGAGGACAUGCCUCCGCCGCCGCCGCCGCCCGAAGUGGCGGAGCAGGUGGAGGCCGUGUCGAAGCGCGGCAGCAUCGCGUGGGAGGUGCCGCUGGACCAGGACCCCCAGGACCCCUACGAGGACCCCGCCGUGCUCACGCCCGGCAGCACCAAGGUGGUCGGCCGGAGAAGGCGGCGGCAGAGCACCGAACACUACUCUAGUUCAAGUUCCCUUCAGCAAGACGACUGGCCCGACCCGCCCAGCCGGGAGCACGAGCCGACCUCGCCGUCGUCGUCGUGCUUCGGGCCGGACGAGGACCUGUACGAGUCCAACUUCCUGCCGUCGUCGCUGUCGGCCAGCGACCUGUCCAACAACGGCACCUACGUGAUCCGCAAGGGCAGGAAGAAGGAGCGCAAGCCGGUGCGCAACCCCCUAGAUAGCUUACAGUACAACAAGGCCAAGAUGCAGCUGCGGUACGCCGACGUCAAGCGCUGCACCUACACGUUCGACGACCUGGACACGGCCUCGGACGCGGGCGGCGCGGACGUGGCGGACGGCAUCGUGCAGGUGGUGGAGCAGGCCGAGGCCAGCCAGUACCCGAUGGUGCGCGUGCUGUCGCUGCCCUCGCUCUGCCACGCCGAGGAGGCCAGGCAGCAGGUGGAGGACCAAGGCAACCGAAGACUGACCCUAGAGCAGCAGGAAAAGAUAGACAAGAUGGAGAAGAUGAAGCAGCAGGAGGAGCGGCUGAUCCAGCGCCUGCAGGGCCUGCAGGGCCUGGCCGCCACCCCCGAGGAGGACGAGCCCAGCAGCAGCCUCGUGUUCAACGACGACCACAACGACGACUCGCUGGAGCCCAUCAGCAACCUGGCGCUGGACGAGGACCCCUUCCGGGACUCCAACGCGCCGCUGUCGCUCAUCGAGGAGCAGGCCGAGAACGGCACCGAGCUGGACGACGCGCAGCGCCACAACAACGCGGGGCAGAUCGGCGGCAGGCUCACGAGCAGGGAGCUGGACGAGAUCGCCGAGAUCCAGUACCGCAAGCAGCUGCCGCCGCCGCCACCCGUGCUGGCCUCGGGGGACAGGUACACGGCACCGCACGCCGACUACUACAACCUCAACAAGGACAGGAUAGCGGAGAACUGCCGGAUAGCAGAGAGCAGGGAAGCGGCGACCCCGACCAAAGACAUGUACAGGCCGCGAAAGUCGGCAUCCUCCAACGACGUGUUCAGCGACACCAAGUGCUUCCCGGACAACUCGCACUCGCUGAGCUCCACCAGGGAGCGCGAGGAGAGGCCCGCGUCGCGGCGGUCCUCCAACGACCGGCGGCGCCACCACCAGAACAUGGCGGCCGAGAUGAGCAGCAUGGAGCGGUGGCGGACCACGCACGAGAUGAACCACGUGCAGGUCGUGCCCGUGGUCGAGAAGGCGGCGUCCUGUCACGGGCACAGCCGCAACGGCAGCGCGUCCAGCCUCAACCGGAACACCGCCGAGAAGGACAAGAAGACCCACACCGUCACCGUCGAGGUGAACCAGCACGACUUCGGGCCGCUACCGCCUUCGCCGGUGGACGAGUUCGAAGAGGACGAGUACUCCGAGAUCCUGCACCCUAGUCCCGGGCAGGCGGCGCGGGGCAAGGCGGACACGCUCCCCGAGCCGUUCUACCAGUGUCGCGAGCCCCUCGGCAGCGACCCCAGCGGCGCCCGCUACCUCAACAGGCCCCCCGAGCCGCCUCCCCACUCGCAGCCCCGCGACCCCCUGCACAGCCUCAAGACCAGGUCCAUGGACGCGGGCUUCACCAGGGGUUUCCGCAACGCUAGUCAGAGCUCAGCACUCCGCCGGGAGUCGCCGUCCUCCUCGGAGCGCAGGACGCUGCCCAACGACCUGCCGGGGCCCUCUCACGUGCGGCGGCGCGCCUUCCAGAAGCGCAGCUCGUCGUCGCCGCAAGAGUCGGGGCUGCAGACGUCGUGCUCGCUGCCCGAGACGCCCAUCUUCGCGCGGGGCUGCGACAUCCCGCGGACGCCGCACCGACGCGCGCCGGACGUGCCGUCGGGGAGCAGCGGCAGCAUGCGGGCGGCCGCGUCGUCCGGGACGUCCUCGUCGGCGGCGGGCACGGCGACGCGGCCCGGCGGCCUCCACAGUGUGGUCCACACCAGCAGCUACCGCAAGAUGGGCCCCGGCGGGCUGGGGCUCGGGCUGGGCACGGGCGUGAGCUUGGACUCGGGCGGGCUGGGCCAGGCCCUGGUCGGCGCCGAGCUGCUGCGACUGACUGGAGGCCCCGGACGGGGCUGGUACCCGCGGCACCGCACCCCCAGGCCCGCCUCCAUCGAGCACCUGGACCGCGUCGCCACGCAACGGAGUCCGGGGCCCUGGGACGCGCGCGACGCCCGCAAGCCGAUGACGCUGCCGCCCAACAUGACGCCCAAGUUCUUCCACCGCUCGCCCCGCGACGCCCUGCGCAGGGUCACCAGCCUGCUCAUCCGCGGCAAAGGCGGCAGCUCCAAGGAGUCCAAGAAGGACACGCUGUCGCCGUCGGGAGGCGGCUUCGGCUUCGGACCGCACAUUUGGCACCGGGAGGACGCGCGGGCAGACUGUCUAGACCAAGACGUGGGCGAGAGCUCCCGCCAGAAGCGGGGCUUCUUCAAGGGGCUGUGGAAACGGUCGCGGGGCUACUCGCUGGACCACCAGUAGCCGUCGUGCUGCGGGUGCAGGCGCAACCGUCGCAGGGCCUCCUCGACCCAGUGAGCGGCGAGUUCAAGACCCGCGCCUGUGCCCGCCGCCUCCGACUCGACUCCGACCCCCGGACAAGCCGGCCGUGGCUGCGGCAGUGGACGUCCGCGCCACCGCGCCGCCACGCUGCCGCCCUGGAUCCCUGGACGCCCUGGACCCCUCGGGCGGCUGGCCGCGCAGGCCCAACACUUGUGGCGAAAGCAGAGAGCCCCAGACAAUCGAAACGCGUCGACAUUUUCAAAGACUGCGACACCCAAGUUCGAAUAUCAAUCAACGUACAUCCUGCUCAGCUUAACCAGACUGCCCAUCUGCAUACUGUUUGCACAACACUUGUACUUUUCUGUUUUUGUUUCCCUACGAAUCGGUGUAAAAAGAAAAAUUGUAACUUAUUCCUUCGUAACACAAUUAUCAACAAUUAAUCACUUUGGUUAAGGUCACAUACAGCGACUGUGCGCAGUCUUAUUACUACUACAGUAGUCCUAACUUAGAUUAGCCACUGUGUGCGGACAUUGUAGUGGGCAGGGACCCUCAGGGACCCUCAGGGACGAGUUCGGGUUCCUUCCGGACGCAAGCGCCCCCCCCCCUCUUUCUUUUCAUUUCGAUUUGCGAGGCGAGAGGCCCUGUUCUCUGCGCCCAAGCCGCUUGUGCCCCAAUGGUCGGAGUCGCGAGGACGGUUUUAACGAGUCGGAGGCGCAGGUGUCGUCAGGACACCUGCAGGAGCCAUUGUGUGAAUGCUUAUGUGAUUGUACGCCACCCAGAAGCGGCUACAGAGUAAAACGUUGAGCGGAACGCAUUUUGUACCAUAUUGUACCAUAACAAUUUGCCAUAAUUUUAAUUGUAGUUAUGAACUACUAAAGCUGUUGUCCUUUUCUCUUCUCUGAUUUCUGUACCGCAACACAAUAUCGGUAGGACGUUGUCUAAAUUCACUCCCCCGAACGCACUGCCUCGAAACUAUUUCGACUCCCCUAAAUGUUAUUAAAGACAGUGUUAGAGGUUUCUGUUUGUAAAAAAAAAUUGUGGUGGGUGUGUUAGAUCAAGCAAUGAUAAACCCGAACUUUAACUGCUUGUACCUGCAUUGUUAGCCAUUUAGAUUAUCUAUUACCGUUGUACCCACGUUGAAAAGUACACUUCACAAUGUGUCACAGCUGUACAUGCUUCUAGGAAAACAAAUUCACCGAGUUCUCAGAGAACCCAAACUUACGUUCCACGUACCGAUAGUCAGUCGUGCCAUUAUAAUUUUUUUUAAAAUUUUUCCCCCAUUCCUAGUCCCGCUGCCGGGCAGGGAUUGGCCGGGGCGUCAGUCCCCCCCCCCUUUCCCACGUGGGGCAGGUCGGAGCCUUCCGCAAGCCUUCCGCGACGAAGGCUGAGUGGGUGCUUGCCACCAACCACUUGACAAAUUAUAGGAUUCCCAAGAUUGUCUGUGUUCGUUCCUCUUGGCCUUCCAUCACUUCUAGGUACGUUUCUAUUCCUCGUUCAAUAGGUACUCCCUUUCCCCGUUCCCUAGAUUAGAACUCUUUGUAAUAGCUCUUGCAUAUGUGACAGCUGUGAAAGUUUCUCUGUAAAUAAACAAUUGCUAAACAAGUA